AUGUUUGAGUAUACUACAUUUUUUUUAGCAAUUCUCUUCAUCAUAUUUUACAAUAUAUGGAGACACAACAAAAAUAAAAUUAUACCAAACUGGCCAAUCAUUGGCAUGGUACCAUCUGUUUUGCAUAACCAAUCCAAAAUUCAUGAUUUUGUAACCUUAGCUUUGAAACAUCAUAGAGGUACUUUUCAGUUUAAAGGACCUUGGUUCACAAAUAUUGCCACAUUUAUCAUCACUAGUGAUCCCAUGAAUGUGAACCACAUCCUCAGCAAAAAAUUCAGUAACUAUGGGAAAGGAUCUGAUUUCCUUGAGAUUUUUGAAAUUCUCGGUGUUGGUAUUUUCAAUUUGGAUUCCAAGGAAUGGGAACAAGAAAGGGCACUACUUCAUUCAUUGCUCAAAACCAAAAACUUUGAGAUAUUCUAUCAACAAAACAUUCAAAAGAAACUAGAGAAUUGCCUAUUACCAUUUCUUGAUCAUGCAUCCAAAGAAGUAAAAGUACUUGAUUUACAAGAUGUUCUUGAGAGGUUUACCUUUGAUAUUUCUUGCACUUUUUUUUUUGGAUUCGAUCCUAAUUGCCUUCCUUACAAGUGCAAUGAGUUAUCAGAUAUUGCUUAUGAAAAAGCUUUUAGUGUACUUGAGGAUAUGGUAUUGCGUAGACACUAUAUUCCGAAAUGUAUUUGGAAGCUACAAAAGUGGCUACAAAUUGGUCUAGAGAAGAAGGGCAAGGCAGCUAGAGAAAAUCUUCACCAAUUCUUGGAGAAAUGUAUAACUGAUUACAAAGGAAAUGAAGAUGUAGAUGAAUCUCGUUAUUGCCUGCUAAAAGAACUAAUGAAGGAAAGAUUGGGAAAGGGGGAAAUGAUCGAUGAGAAGUAUAUCAGAGACACUGCGGUAAAUCUCUUCGGUGCAGGAAAUGGAACAAUUAGUUCAGGUCUAAGUUGGUUCUUUUGGCUUGUUUCAACUCAUCCUAUUGGGGAAGCGAAAAUUAUUCAAGAGAUCAAAGAUAAUUGUCUAACACAAGAGGAGAAUUUAAUCAAUAAUUUAAACGUGGAAAAGAUUGAUAAGCUUGUUUACCUUCAUGGAGCCAUAUGUGAAACCUUGAGGCUAUAUCCUCCUCUGGCAUUUCAGCACAAGUGCGCUAUCAAAUCUGAUAUACUACCUAGUGGAGAACAUGUUGGUCCAAAUACAAAGUUGAUAUAUUCUUUGUAUGCAAUGGGAAGGAUGCAACAAAUAUGGGGAGAUGAUUGCUUGGAAUUUAAGCCUGAAAGAUGGAUAUCAGCUAGAGGAGGGAUUAUAAAUGUACCGUCUUACAAGUUCAUAGCUUUCAAUGCAGGUCCUAGAAGUUGUAUUGGGAAAGAUCUUAGCUUCGUUCAAAUGAAAAUGGUUGCAGCUUCUUUGUUAUGGAAGUUUCGCAUACAGGUGGUGGAAGGUCACCCUGUAACGCUGAGAACUUCUAUUGUCGUUCGCAUGAAACACGGCUUAAAGGUCGAAGUCAGUAAAAGAUGCAUUUGAUAUAACAAAGUUGUAAGUGUGAUGCAUGUUGUGUCUGUGUUGUUAACCUUUUUGUUGCUGUGUCUGUCCUAGUAAAAUAAUGUUAUUGUCAUUUGUCAAAUUAUACUAUUUGUGUUGCUCUGUGUGUUACAACAAACGAAUAAAAUCCUCAAUGUUUGGAAU